CAGCCUGAGUCGGGCCCCGGGCUGCCUUUCCCGCUCCUGCCGCCGCGCGCUGGCGGUGGCAUGCGCGCUGCUCUGUCCCGUCUCCUGCACGCCCUCUUGGCCCCGCUGCUCGUACGCCAGCAAUAUGGCGGCGCCCAGCGAACCCUCAGGUUUCCCUCGCGGCAGUCGCUUCUCCUUCCUGCCGGGCGGCGCGCACUCCGAGAUGACCGACGACCUGGUGACUGACGCGCGGGGCCGCGGCGCAAGGCAUAGAAAAGACAACGCCCCUGCCGCGGCCCCGGCGCCGAAAGGUUUGGAGCACGGGAAGCGACCGUGCCGGGCCUGCGUGGACUUCAAGUCGUGGAUGCGGACCCAGCAGAAGCGGGACAUCAAGUUUAGGGAGGAUUGUCCACAGGAUCGGGAAGAAUUGGGUCGAAACACCUGGGCUUUCCUUCAUACGCUGGCCGCCUAUUACCCGGACAUGCCCACGCCAGAACAACAGCAGGAUAUGGCCCAGUUCAUACAUAUAUUUUCCAAGUUUUACCCCUGUGAGGAGUGUGCGGAAGACAUAAGGAAGAGGAUAGACAGGAGCCAGCCAGACACAAGCACUCGAGUGUCCUUCAGCCAGUGGCUGUGCCGCCUUCACAAUGAAGUGAACCGGAAGCUGGGCAAGCCUGAUUUUGACUGCUCAAGAGUUGAUGAGCGAUGGCGUGACGGCUGGAAGGACGGCUCCUGUGACUAAGGAUUACCACAGACCGUGCGGGGCAUCUAGCCGGGUUCUAUGGGCAACAGCCUGACUGACGAUUAAAGUGCAUCUGAGCCAAAGCUUGUUUCUGUGGUGGGGGAGGGAUCCCUAGAACACUGCCUAUGGGAACCCUACCCACAGACUCAGAAACGGAGGUGCCUACUAUAGACAGUUGGGUGGCCUCCUCAGGUCUUAAAGCCCCAUGGGACUGAAGAUGAGAGGCAGGAGUGGUCCAGGGCGCCCCAUACCCCUUAUGAUACCCAUUAUACAUUUGGGACAUAGUUGCCUCAAAGGAAGGUGGGCUAGACCAUUGCCUUCCUACUACAUAGCCCCAGCUGCCUACAGAACUGUGACCCUGGCAACUCUGCCAUUUCAAAAUUGAAGCAGGGUUCCAGCUCUAGUUGGGUUUUUCUCUUAGGGUAAACCAACCAUGGUGCCCACUGUCAGCCUGGCACAUGGUCUUCUGCAGCCAGGACAAACAUGUCAGCAGAGGAUCCUGGGAAGGGCUUCCUUAGCGUUUGAGACCAAAAUAAAAUGAAGUGACUUAA